AUGGCCCGUCGCCGCCCUUACCCGCGGCUUUGCGCCGCCCUCACCGGCGGCUUCGCGCCGCCUACGGCCCGUCGCCGCCCUUUUCUGCGGCCCCGCCGCCUCUCUCGUUGCGGCCCCGCCGCCCGUCUUCGCGGCCCUGCCGCCAUCUCUCGCUGCGGCCCCGCCGCCACUCACUGCGGCCCCGCCACCCGUCUCAGCGGCCCCGCCGCCCGUCUUCGCGGCCCCGCCGCCUCUCUCGCUGCGGCCCCGCCGCCUCUCACUGCGGCCCCGCCGCCCUACUCAGCGGCCCAGCCGCCCGACUUCGCGGCCCCCCCCCGCUUCUCUCGCUGCGGCCCCGCCGCCUCUCUCGUUGCGGCCCCGCCGCCCUUCACUGCGGCCCCGCCGCUUCUCUGCAGCGGCCCCGCCGCCCGUCUUCGCGGCCCCGCCGCCUCACUACCCAGCGGCCCCGCCGUCCUUCUGCAGCGGCCCCGCCACUCCUCUACAGCGGCCCCGCCGCCCUACGUCAGCGGCCCAGCCGAGCCGCCCAGCAGCAGAGCAGCCGAGCCGCCCCGCCGCCGAGCCGCGCUGCAGCCGAGCCGCCGUGCAGCCGACCGCCCAGCCGCCGAGCCGCCCAGCUGCCGAGCCGCCCAGCCGCCGACCCGCCCAGCCGCCGAGCCGCCCAGCGGCCGAGCCGCCCUGCAGCCGAGCCGCCCGAGCAGCCCUGUCCGUGUCCUCACUUUUGACGCUGAGGGUCGGGCCAUUGACUUUGAGGUCUGGGUAGAUGACCUACAGCUGUUCUUACAGUGCGAUAGGGCGGACGGCCUCUCUCUCUUUGACCUCACCUCUGGCGCUUCCCCUGCCCCUGCUGCUGAUGCUGACGCCACUGUUCGCUCCCAGUGGGCCACGCGCGAUGCUGCUGCACGUCUUGCUGUGCGUCGCCACCUCCCUACCUCCGAGCGUGCGCACUUUAGUCAGUACAAGAGUGCUCAGACCUUGUACGCCGCUGUAGUCGCGCGCUACUCCUCCCCUUCCACUGCUGCACUGAGCCGUCUCAUGCUGCCGUACCUCUUCCCUGACCUUGCUUCUUUUCCCACCGUUGCUGACCUCAUUACGCACCUCCGCACUAGUGACACUCGCUACCGCGCUGCACUUCCUGCUGACUUCUGCACCGCGAACCCCCCCCCCAUGUACAUCACUCUGUACUUCCUAGUCACUCGCCUCCCUGACUCCCUUCGAGUAGUCAGGGACCACUUUCUCUCAGUCUGUCCCACCACACUCACUGUAGACCUCCUCGAGACGGCCCUCCUCGCGAUAGAAAAGAGCAUAGUCGCUGUAGGAGCCUCUCGAGGUGACCCGCGCACCCCCAUCUUUGAGGGGUGUUCUCCCUCCCCCCUGCUUCCCUCUGUUGCCUCUGCUGCUUCGGCCGACCUCCUUGGUCUUGAGUCGGUCGGUGCGGCGUCUGCCCCUAGCGGGAGACGCCGCCCUGGCAAGGGCAAGGGGGGCAAGGGAGCUGGAGGAGCGGGCGGUGGAGGUGGAGGUGGAGGCAGUGGGGGGAGUGGGGGUAGCGGUGGAGGUGGAGGUGGGGGUGGGGGGUUCGGUGGCGGCAGUGGAGGCGGAGGCCGCGGCGGCGGUGGCGGUGGUAGCGGAGGUGGCGGAGGAGGCGGCGGUGGAGGAGGCGGUGGAGGCGGCGGCGGCAGUGGAGGCAGCGGAGGCGGUGGAGGCGGUGGGGGUGGCGGUGGAGCUGGUCGCGGGUCUUUGCAGAGGAGUGGCUCCGGUGGUGGCUCGCGCCAGCAGCAGCAGCGUGGUCGUGCGACCCUGUCCCCUCAGCAGCUCCGUGAGUGGUACACUGCACGCCAGCGGGGUGGGGGUUUUGGUCCGUGUACCUACGUCCUGCGCACCGGCGACCGUGCGGGUGAGCAGUGUGGGGGUGAGCACCCCACUCCGCGCUGCUUUGGCCGCCUGACGGACGCAUGGCGUCACCAGUUCCCGGAGGCCUCCGAGAUCCCUCGCUGGGACGAGCUGUCUAGGGCGGGGGUUGCCAUCUUUGAUCUGGACUUUGAUGCUAUUCUCUCUGCCAUGUAUGCUGUGUCUAUUAGUGAUGAGGGUGACUGUUACCGGUGUCUCCAGCCCGAUCCGGGCAUUGAGACUGCUGCUCUAGGUACUGGUGAGGCUGCUGCCCUAGGUGCUUACGACGCUGCUGCUCUAGGUGCUGGUGUGUCUGCGUCCUCAGGUACUGGUGAGUCUGCUCUCUCAGGUACCGCGUCGGCUUCGGCCUCCCUCACCUUCACUCUUGACUCUGGGGCGUCUCGCUCCUUCUUUCGGGACCGCACCACACUCACGCCGCUUAGUCGGCCGGUUGCGGUGUCUCUGGCUGACCCCUCUGGGGGUCCGGUCCUGUCUCGUUUCUCCACAGUCCUCCCGUGUCCGGCGGCUCCCUCUGGCACCCUGUCUGGUCUCUACCUCCCCUCGUUCUCGACGAACCUGGUGAGUGGUGCUGACCUACAGGAUGCGGGUGUCCACCAGUUCACUCCUGCACGUCAGCGAGUGACCCACUGUACAGAGGCUGGCACAGGCCGACACCUGGCUACGUUCACCCGUCAGCCGGGGUCGAGCCUGUACACUCUGACCACUGCGUCUCCUCCAGUUGCUGAGUCUGGUAGGGUAGUUACGUCGGGUCAGGUGUUUGCUGCGGCGUCCAGGUCUGGUCCUGAGUCUGCCCCCUGUUCGUGUCGUCUCCUGUCUCACGAGACUCUCCUCUGGCACCACCGCCUUGGCCACCCCUCUCUGCUUCGGCUCAGAGGUAUGGCCUCCCGUCUUCUUGUGUCCGGUCUCCCCCGGUCCCUCCCUCCCCUUCCUCAGGGCCCUGGCCCUGCCUGUGUCCCCUGUGUCGAGGGGCGCCAGCGUGCUGCCCCUCACUCCUCCCAGUUUCCUUCGACAGAGGCCCCGUUGCAGACACUUCACAUGGACGUGUGGGGCCCAGCCCGCGUCCGUGGACAGGGUCACGAGCGCUACUUCCUGCUCGUUGUUGACGACUACUCGCGUUACACCACAGUCUUCCCCUUGCGCAGCAAGGGUGAUGUCACUGAUGUGCUGAUCGACUGGAUCCGCGCAGCUCGUCUCCAGCUCACGCAGAGCUUCGGCUCGGACUUUCCUGUUCUGCGUCUGCACUCGGACAGAGGCGGAGAGUUCUCCUCUGGCCUUCUGCGUGCCUACUGUCGUGCACGGGGCAUCCGUCAGACCUUCACGCUUCCGGACUCACCGCAGCAAAAUGGGAUUGCUGAGCGCCGCAUUGGCAUGGUCAUGGACGUCGCUCGUACGUCUAUGAUGCAUGCGGCUGCCCCCCAUUUUCUGUGGCCGUUUGCGGUGAGGUACGCGGCGCAUCAGAUCAACCUCCACCCCAGGGUCUCCAGGCCGGAGACCUCCCCAGCCUUGCUGUGGACGGGGAAGGUUGGCGAUGCGUCGGCGUUCCGGGUCUGGGGAUCUCGGGCGUUUGUCCGCGACCUGUCUGCGGACAAACUAUCCCCUCGUGCUGCUCCUUGCGUCUUCCUGGGGUUCCCCCCUGACGCGCCUGGGUGGCAGUUUUACCACCCCACCUCUCGCCGUGUUCUGUCCUCCCAGGACGUCACGUUUGACGAGUCGGUCCCCUACUACCGCCUCUUCCCCUACCGCACUCCGUCCCUCCCCCCACCCCCACUCUUCUUGGUACCAGGUCCCCCCCAGGCAGACCCCCUCCCCCCUCAGGGUCCUGCCCCUUCAGGUGUGUCCCAGGUAGACGCAGUCGAGCCUGUCGAGGUCACUGGUGACUCUGGUGCUGCUGAGGGUGCUGAGGCUGGGGGUGCUGUACCUGGGGGUGCUGAGCCUAGGGGUGCUGAGCCUGGGGGUGCUGAGCCUAGGGGUGCUGAGCCUGGGGGUGCUGAGCCUGGGGCCUAG